GCUAUGAAGGAGACGCCGCUGUCCAACUGCGAGAAGCGCUUCUUGCUGCGCGCCAUCGAGGAGAGGAAGCGUCUGGAUGGGCGCCAGUGCUAUGACUACAGAAACAUCCGCAUUUCCUUUGGCACCGACUAUGGCUGCUGCAUUGUGGAGCUUGGGAAGACCAGAGUUCUUGGACAAGUUUCGUGUGAACUUGUCUCUCCAAAGCCAAAUCGUGCGACAGAAGGGAUACUUUUCUUUAAUCUUGAGCUCUCUCCGAUGGCAUCACCUGCUUUUGAACCUGGCAGGCAGUCUGAGCUCCUUGUGAAACUGAAUCGACUGUUAGAAAGAUGCCUAAGAAAUUCCAAGUGUAUAGAUACGGAAUCUCUCUGUGUUGUAGCGGGUGAAAAGGUGUGGCAAAUCCGUGUGGACCUGCAUUUGUUGAAUCACAAUGGAAACAUCAUUGAUGCAGCAAGCAUAGCAGCAAUAGUGGCACUGUGCCAUUUUCGGCGGCCAGAUGUGUCUGUGCAAGGAGAGGAAGUAACUCUGUACACUCCUGAGGAAAGGGAUCCUGUCCCACUGAGUAUCCACCACAUGCCUAUCUGUGUAAGCUUUGCUUUCUUCCAACAAGGGACCUAUCUAUUAGUGGAUCCCAGCGAACAGGAGGAACGUGUGAUGGAUGGCCUCCUUGUGAUUGCCAUGAAUAAGCACCGUGAGAUUUGUACCAUUCAGUCCAGUGGUGGGAUUAUGCUGUUAAAAGAUCAGGUUCUGGUCUGCAGUAAAAUAACAGGGGUUAAAGUUGCAGAAAUCACAGAACUAAUUCAGAAAGCCUUGGCAAAUGAUCAGAAAGUUAGGAAAGAAGGAGGGAAAUUUGGAUUUGCAGAAUCUAUUCCAAACCAAAGGAUAACAGCCUUUAAAAUAGAACAAGCCCCGAUUGACACUGAUGAUGUACAACAGCAAGCUGAAGAAAUUAUUGCCAAAGCAUCCCCUCCUUCAGAAGUUUUGGCCAACCCGGUGUUAUGGGCUCCUGGCACUGCUCAGAUUGGCGAAGGGGUUGAGAAUUCUUGGGGAGACUUUGAGGAAUCUGAAAAGGAAGAAGAGGAGGAAAUUGCUCAGGAUAAAUCUCCAACUACAGAAGACCACAGUAUGGAAACGGGAGAUAGUAGUGCUGGAACCCAAAACAAGAAAGAUGAGACAAUCGUGCUAUCUGACAGUGAGGAGGAAGACGUUAUCAUUCUAGAGCCAGAAGGGGCACAAAAGAACAGAACAGAGACCUCUCACAAACAGGACAUCGCAAGUAAAAAAACAGGUAGCAAAAAAAAGCGAAAGAGUUAUUCGCUAAAAAAACAUUAAUGCAAAAAUGUUUAUACAUUAAACCUUUCCUUGUA